AUGGGCGAGCUCAUGACGGCUCUCAUUAAGUAUGCAGGCUUUGAUAACACAAAGGACCCUGGAUCUGAUGAUGAGAAAUCCAACGAGGGAAAGAAGAGUGGCAAUGGUAAGGGGCAGCAACAGAAUAUGGCAGGGAAUAAUGGAAACAACCAGGGUAAUGGUGGUAAGCGCAGACACCCCGAUGGCGGGUCAGAUCUAGUAGCUAACACCAACACUCGAUACAAGAACCAGCGCCACAACGGUAAUGGUAAGCCGCCCUUUGGCAGUGCAAAGCCUUUUAAUAUGGAGGCGGUUCUUAAUGACAUGUGCCCAAAGCACGGUCUUCCCAACAGGCCAUCAUCCAGUCAUGCCUGGAAGGAUUGUUGGGUUAUGCGAGAGUUCAGGAAUUACAGCCUCAAUCUGAAUCAUGGCAAUAAUAAUGGCCCGCCCGGCGGGCCCUCCCCUUCCAUUUUCGCGGAUGAAACCACCCCUAAACCUAGCCCAUCUCCUCCCACCGCGCCGGACACGUCCGCCCCGCUGCCGGACGCGUCCAUCGCCGCCUCCCGCGCAAAUGGCCUCGCGCCACCUGUCCUGGCCGCCGUCCCCGCCGCCAUGGCCCGCCGGGCCCAGGCGCGGCCCGCCCAGGCCCGCGCGCGCCUCCGCCUCUCUCUGCCGCGUCCCGUCGCCCGCGCCGCCACCGCUCCGGCGCCGCGCCGCCGUCUCGCCACCUCCCUGACCGCCGCCGCAGGUCGCCUCGCCCCGACCGCCGCAUCACCGCCUCCGCCGCCGACCACCACCGUCGCCACGGCCCCGGAUCGCCGCCGCCGGUCGCCGCCACCCUCGCCGGCGUCCGGCCACCUCGUCGCCCCGGCCGGCCCCGUCCCCGCCUGCGCGUCCCCUACCAACUCCGACGAGAGGCUCCAGCGAGCCGCAGCCCCGCCUCGAUCCCCGUGCAAGCCCGAAACAGAUCUGAUCCUAGGGUUGACUCUCCCCCUCUGUUUUUUUGCAAAGUCCUGA